GCCAGUUCAGGAGCCAUGGACAAGGCAUAUAAAUACGCUAAAUCCGCGAUAGUUAACUUCAAGUUGGACACAUGUUGCUGCUUCGCACCCAUCCGCAUUGGCUUGCUUAUAAUAGGAUAUUUUAAUCUGUUUAUAGCGAUGUUAUCGCUAAUCGGAACCGCAGAUGGAGGAAUCACGCCCCCCCUUAUGGAAGUACAGGACUCACUUUUAGAGGAAGAACAGGUGUCAACGACCGCCGGUAUCAUCGCUUACGCUUCCGAGCUCGGAUUCAGCGCCGUUCUUCUAUGUGCUAUGUACAGAGAUGACAUCGUGCUGCUCCGAGUGUACAUAUAUUUCAUUAUGGCGACCGUGGUGACGUCAGUGCUGAUCUACUCUAUGGUCAUCGCCAAGGUGGCUCUGCUCACCAAGAUUGUCAUCAUAGGGAAUAUAGUGUUCAACUGCUACAUCAUUGUACUAGUGAGAAGUGCAAUAGUUGAAAUUAAGGAUCGCCAGAGUGCAGAGAAGAACGGACAUGUGGUGCUAUACUCUGUGGCCGCAGUAUCACACGAAGACGACAGAAAAGUAAUUACCAUCGAGCCAAUCGCAGAAACGAGCGAAAGCGACAAAGAAUCAAAAAUUGAAGUAACUAAAGAAGUAAAUAUAGACGAAAAUAAAGAAGUGAAAAAUGGUGAAGAAUCAAAAGACUGUGGCAAGGUUGACGAGACGCCUGUUAAAUUGGAAACAGUUAAUGAAAAUCCUAAGGAAGAACAAUCUGUACGUUGA